AUGGUUAUUGGAACUGUGACUCCAAAAACUUCUAUAACAUCUGUUGUGGAUAGUUGUCAGACAACUAGCGUAACGACAUCUUCGGUUUCUGUAUCUUCAUCUUCUGAGAAUACUAGCGGUGUGCUUCUUAGCAAUUUAUGGACUCAACUUGACCACAUUCAAUCUACAAUUCCGGACAGAUUAUCAAUUGCUAUGUUAGAGAGUGCUGGUGUGCAAAUGGAGAACAGCGAUCCACGGCUUGCCCGUUUAAUCAGUCUAGCUGGUCAAAAAUUUCUGACUGAUAUCCUUUCUGACGCUAUGCUUCAUUGGCGCCUUGCAAAUGGACAACCUACUGGGUUGCUUAACCAUUCUAGUGUGUCUACAUCUAUACCAGGUCAAGCAUCUAAUCCGUCUUAUAUGAAUGCUACUACAACACCAGCGAGCAACCCAAGUCAGUCUAUUCCACAGUCUCCAUCAUCUAGUGGAAAGCCUGGAACAAAUAAAUUUCCCACAGAUCGUCGCGCCACUCUUACACUGGAAGAUUUAAUUGCUUCAUUGAAUGAUAGGGGUAUUCAUGUUGCCAAACCGCCUUAUUAUCGAUAG